AUGCGGGCGGGAGCCAGGGUCCUACCCCCACCCCGAUGGGGAGCUCAAGGGUCGGAGGAGCGAUUGAAGGGAACUGGGAAGGGGGGUGAUUUGGAAAGACUGUUUUUGCUCAAUGUAUGGACUUCCUACAGUGAACAUGUACUAACUCGUAAGCGAGUGUCAGCCCAGUCCUUCCUCCACUGCUUCACGUUGGCCAGCGCUGCCUUCAACCUGCAGGUGGCCACCCCUGGGGGGAAGACCAUGGACUUUGUGGACGUGAGUGAGAGCAAUGCACGCUGGGUGCAGGACUUCCGCCUCAAGGCCUAUGCCAGCCCCGCCAAGCUCGAGUCCAUCGAUGGUGCCCGGUACCAUGCCCUCCUGAUUCCCAGCUGCCCCGGGGCCCUGGCCGACCUGGCCAGCAGUGGGUCUCUGGCCCGAAUCCUGCAGCACUUCCACUCCGAGAGCAGUAGCACAGGGAGGGGGGGGACGCUGGGGCCCACGGUCCCCUCUGGCCGGGUGACACCACUUGUCCAGACGGCACCAGGCUUGCUGUUGUCUGUUGUCUGCUGGCAUCACGGAGGCCUGUUCAGGCCGUGGCCCUCCGUGUACGAGCUCGUCAGGGCCCCUGGCUUUGCCCGCCUGCCUCUCAUCGUGGAGGACUUUGUGAAGGACGCAGGCGCCAGCUUCAGUGCCAGCGAGCCUGACGCGGUGCACGUGGUGCUGGACCGCCACCUCGUCACGGGCCAGAACGCGGGUUCCACCGUGCCCGCCGUGCAGAACCUGCUCUUCCUCUGUGGCAGCCGGUGAGGGGCGCGGGCAAUGGGCGAUGUGCGGGCUGCUGGGCCACGUUCCCUGUGAUGGCUGCUGCUGGCGCCCGAGCCUUGACCUGGUAUCCGUCCUGCAGGAAGUGACGCGGUCCCCGCUGAGCCAGCCUACCUGCCAGAGAUGCCACCACCUCCAGAGGCCCAGGGCCCCAGAGGCAGCGGGACUCAGGCCUCCAGGGCCCGAGCCUCUGACAGCUCCUGAGGCUGACUUCACCCGACCAGGCCCCUGGGACUGCGGGGCCUCCAGGCGUCAGCCUGAGGGUUGUCGGGUCUUAGCGGGUGUGAGGCCAAGGGUGCUGCACGGGCACCCGGUGGGGCUCGGGUUCCAUGUGGAGCAGCCCACAGGGAGUUGGUACCCAGAGAAUCAGCUGGGGCGUUCCAGGGUGGGGUCGUGGCCCCUCUGGUCUUCCUGGACCAGCACUGGGUGUCUCCCUCUGCCUGUCCCUGGCACCCAGGUCGGGAAGCAGAGGCUGACCGUCCUGGGAGCCAGGAUGAUCAUGCCGGCCCAGCAGUGACAGGCAGGGGUGCCGGAGUCGGUACCUGUGCGGUGAGGGCCGUGCCCAGGCCGGUCUGUCCCCCAGCCUCCGGGUGUUGGCUGAGUGGGGAGGGGCCCGCUGGCUGGAGCUUGGUCAGCACUUUUGACUUGGGUCCCAGGUGAAGGGGAAUCAAUCUUGUGGUCACAGCUCCAGGCCCCCAGACUUGCCCCGAUUUUAACUUUGCCUCGUGCGUGGGUUCAGUGUGGUGGUGACCCAUGUCAGGCCCGGGUGGACCUCAGGGCAGAAGGCAUGGCACCGCAUCCCUGACGUGGAAACACUGUUGACCUUUGACCUUCAAGCACAGCCCAGGGGCUCCUUAGACAGCUCUGCACAGGCCCUGUCCUGCGGCUGCUCCGAGGGUGUCAGGGUGGACAUAGCAAACAGGAGCUCCCUUGGAAGGAGGCCCUGGACAGGCCUCUGCUGGGGACGCCGGGCGGCUGUCCGGACGCCUCCCUCCCAGCACAGCCUGACCACCCUCAGGCUUCCCCGGGUGCCUGGCUGGGCUGUGGCCUGUGGUUGGGGUCCCCUCUGGAGCUGCGUCUGCUGCUUCCAGCCCCUGGGAACAAGCAAGUCGGCCCCCAGGCCCGGCGCUUCCUCCCGGCCCCGGACCAGCUCACACUCCACAUUCCUGUCGGCAUUUCCCAGAAGGCGACUUGGCCUGGCGUCGGCCCCAUCCCCAGGUGCCACCACAUGGUGACGGGUGGCUGCACAAACCCUGACAGACCCACCUCAAGGGCAUUGUCUGUGUCCCCGUAAAGCUGACCGUUCCUGCUGAGGGUUCUGACCGGCACGUCUACUCUGCUCCGGUCGGGCUGUCCCCUGGGCUGAGGCUCUGCUCCCUGCAGCUGGGGCCGGGAGGGGUGGGAGGAGGAACCAGAAAGCCCAGGAGGGGCAGGGGCGGGUUUGGAGCCUGGCUUCCUGUCCUUGCUUCUGGGGUUCCCCACUCGCCCAGGACAUCUGCAGCAGCGUUCUCAGGAAUGAAUGGACAGACUGGCCCCAUGCGUGGCAUCUUGUUAAAGGGCAGCGUGAUCGCCAUGUGGUGGACAUUUGCUGUGAAAGAAUGAAGUCCUGCCCAGCCAGUGUGGCUCAGUGGGUUCAGUUCCCGGUCGGGCACGUGCCUGGGAG